AUGGCUUCUAACCCAUCUCAAAAAUGUUGCUUUGAAGGUGUAUAUCAUGAAGGUAUCGCCAAGGGAAGAUACAUCGACCUAUUUGGCAUUGAAACUUAUGUAAUUGGUGAACAAUAUUCUAAUGAUAAAGUAUUGGUCAUAUUUACUGACUAUUUUGGUAUUCAUUUCAAUAAUUCUUUAUUGAUUGCUGAUCAAUUAUCUGCUAAAGGUUAUAAAGUCUAUAUUCCAGAUAUUUUAUUCGGUGAUGCUGUUGAUCCCGAUAAUACUGAAAAUUUGGAUCGUGAAAAGUGGCUAGCUGCUCAUAAUGAAACAAGAACUAAACCAAUGGUUGAUAAGUUCAUGGCUUCAUUUAGGGAAGAAAUUAAUCCCGGGUAUUUAGGUGUCCUUGGCUAUUGUUUCGGUGCUAAAUAUGCUAUUCAACAAAUUAAUGAAAACACAGGUAUUGCUGAUGCAGCUGCUAUUGCACAUCCAUCAUUUGUUACCAUCGAAGAAGUUGCAGCCAUUGGCCAGAAUCCUCUAUUGAUUUCUGCUGCCGAGACUGAUCCAGUUUUCCCACAAGAUAUGAGAAAAUUGACUGAAGAUAAAUUGAAAGAAAUUGGUGCUAGAUAUCAAUUGGAUUUAUUUAGUGGUACUUAUCAUGGAUUUGCAGUUAGAGGUGACUUAUCAAAUCCACAAGUUCUAUAUGCUAAGGAAAAGGUAUUCUAUGAUCAAAUUUACUGGUUUGAUCACUUAUCAUCUUUAAAAAAAUGA